UGCACAUCGUGUUUUCCAGAGCACAGAUUAGACGCGUCAACAUGAAGUCAAUGUUAGCUUUGCUGUGUCUCGCGGCGGUGGCUGCCUGCGCUUGGGCGGAGUUGGAAUAUCAUCCUCAAGCCGUGUUGCAUUACCUGGAGAUGGAAGAUCGUGAAAUGGCGAAGAAAGUUCGCAGUAUAGUCAAAGCGAGGGGGUUGCCGAGCGGUAAGCCAACCUUUUCACCAAGCUUUAAGCCAAGCGGUUUUCCUACUGGAAUUCCCCUAAAAGUGAAAUUUUGCCUUGUUGGGGCAAUUAUGUGUCACAAGAAAGCUGGGGAUGAUGCCUGUGCACAUUUGGAGUGCAUCAAGAAAACUGGAAAGUGCCUGCACGAAGCAGGCCUUCGUUUACAUCACCUGCCCGAUUUUGUGCAAAAGUGUCUUCCGAUUAUCCCUUGCUGCUUGUUGGCUAGUGAGACAUGUGAGGAGAAGCUGUGUUGCUUUGUGAGGUUUGGAGAAUGUGCCAAAACGCUUGGAGAUAAAAAAGACGCCGAAUAACUUACCCAUCAUGAUCACCGAAGCCGCAAAGAAGAAAUAAAGCCUGCAUUUUAGUUUUAUAUCGAUAUCAAGUUGUCAUAAGUGAACAAAUGUAACAUUAAAGAGCCUGAUUGUUAUAAA